AUGAAAAAUAAAAUAAUUUUUCAACUAUUAAUAUUACUUUUAAUUCACCUAAUUGGAUAUGAAGGUAUUCAUGUUAUUUGUGAAUCUAAUGGUACUAAGAAUUGUACAAUGACAAUGACAAAAGAUGAAACUUCAUUAAGUUCUGAUUUUUAUAAUUUAAUACCAGCCUACAGAAGAAGAGACAUUGAAAGUAUAUUGAAUGACACUAGAUUAAGUUGGGAUGAUAGACGUGAUAGAGUUAACAAUUAUUUCAAAACAUACAUUCCAUAUGAUACAAUGAAAACUUAUUCAAAAUUAUUGAGUGAUAAAAUAGAAAGAGAUAUGGAGGAAAAAUUUGAAAAAACCAGAUUAUCAUUUGACAAAUUAUUUAGAGAAAAGUUUAACUUUAUUAAAUUUAAUCAUAGUUUAUUUCCUCCUGUUAAAUUUGAUUUUUCAGAAAAAGAUUUUGAAAAAUUACCAGGAAAUAAAUAUAUGAGAAAUGAAGUUUAUACAGGUCCUUAUGAUAAAUCAUUUACCCAAAGAAUAAAUACUAAUUUACCCAAUGAAAGUGGAAAAUUUUUUUUCGAUAGAAGAAUUAAUAGAUUACCUAUUGAUAAAUUUAAUGGUAUUAUUCGCCCAUACAGAUAUUGUAUACCAAUAUGUUGA